GAGCGGGGCGGGGCUCUGGGCACUGCUCCCCAGCCAGGCGCCGGUCCAGCUCGGCCCUCGCCCGCUCCCCGCCCCCUGCAGGUCCGCACCCGCGGGCGGGCGCGGCCCAGGAGCGGAGCGGCCAGAAGCGCUGGGCGAGCGUGGAGCCUGGCGUCGGGGCCGGGGGCGCCUGCUGGCCCGGAGGCCGCGAUGAAGGCGAGCGGCGAAGACGGGAAGGCGCCGGCCGGGGGCCCAUGGGAGGAGUGCUUCGAGGCGGCGGUGCAGCUGGCUUUGCGGGCGGGACAGAUCAUCAGAAAAGCCCUUUCUGAGGAAAAACGUGUCUCAACCAAGACGUCAGCCGCAGACCUGGUGACAGAGACGGACCACGUGGUGGAGGCCCUGAUCCUGCAGGAGCUGCAGACCAGAUUUCCCUCCCACAGGUUCAUUGCUGAGGAGGCUGCGGCCGCCGGGGCCAAGUGCGUGCUCACACCCAGCCCCACAUGGAUCGUGGACCCCAUUGACGGCACCUGCAACUUUGUGCACAGGUUCCCAACUGUGGCGGUGAGCAUUGGCUUUGCUGUGAACCAGGAGCUGGAGUUUGGGGUGAUUUACCACUGCACGGAGGAGCGGCUGUACACGGGCCGGAGGGGCCAGGGUGCCUUCUGCAACGGUCAGCGACUGCGCGUCUCCAGGGAGACAGACCUAUCCAAGGCCUUGGUUCUAACAGAAAUCGGACCCAGAAGAGACCCCGCAACCCUGAAGCUGUUCCUGAGCAACAUGGAGAGGCUACUCCACGCGGGUGCCCACGGGGUUCGUGUCAUCGGCAGCUCCACCCUGGCGCUCUGCCACCUGGCUGCAGGCACUGCCGACGCCUACUACCAGUUUGGCCUGCACUGCUGGGACCUGGCCGCAGCCACGGUCAUCAUCAGGGAAGCCGGGGGCGUUGUGAUGGACACAUCAGGUGGGCCACUGGACCUCAUGUCAUGCAGGGUGGUUGCUGCAGGCACAAGGGAGAUGGCGGUGCUCAUUGCCCAGGCCCUGCAGACAAUUAACUACGGGCGGGACGAUGAGCGGUGAGGGGAGCAGACACAGGGCCAACCUGGAUGGGGGCCUACCGGGAGCCUGGAGCUGGCAAGACCCUAAACAGCAGGAUUUCCUGAUCCCCAGAGGAGCCAUCAGGCCGAGCCUGGCUGUCCGGCUGAGCCUGUGUCUGGGUGCCUUUGUUGUCUGGUGUCUUCUCUUUAUGACCUCACGUCAGGUUAGUCCAGCCGUCCACCAGGACCGGAACCCAGAUCUCACAGGACAUAUGUGCUGAUAUUGCAAUCAUGAUUUUGUUUCCAGAAUGCAAAUCUCAGGUGAUAAGGCUUUAGAACUGCUGAUAAAGCAGGCUUGUUCUCAGCACCCCUCCCCAUGCCCCAUGACACUUCAGAAUACAAUAAACCAAGUGACGCCACUCUGCUUAUGUUUCCCUCCACAAGUGUGUCUCCUGUUUCCCCUAAUGACCCCAAAAUCCACAGGCCCUUUAGGGAAGUUGUUGGCACGUUACAGCCCAGAGUCCACACGUGGUUUUUUGUCUGCCUGCCACUGGUGAGGACAACUUCAGUCAUUAUCGUGUCUGUAUUUAAAAUCCAGGGCGUGGGUCAGACUGAAGAAAACCUAACCAAAAUCAAACCUCUAAAAUCCUAUUGUUUUUGUGAUCAGUUUAAUGAAGAAAAGUAUUUUCUUGGCCUAUUUUUUUUCCUCUUUAGGAAGAGGAAUUCUAUAUAACAGCAGUUCUAAUGAGGAUGUUCUCUGGAUGAACUUAAACAUUCACUGAGGUUUGAGAAUCAAGAAAGUCAGUCUUAGGACAGAGGAAGUUCCAGUCAUGCUUAACUUUCUCCCUCGUGUCCUCCUAAUUUGCCGUCAACAAUACUUACAGAGCAUUUAGAGCCGCCUGACAGCUGCUGCCUCUGGCGCCUGAACUCCGGGGCUCAGCCCAUAUGAUGACACAGGCCUUGUCACCAAACCGCGCCCAGAGAGCUCUGCGAGCUCCGCGGAGCCUCGCAACCCUGCACGCUGACUCCCCCUCACCAUCCACUGCCCUCCACUCACAGGGCAGGUGCCCACUCAGACCUCUGGAGGAUGGACCCCAGGGGGUUUCCUGGGAAAUCCCCUCCCUAGUCAAUCCCCAGGGGGCUUAUCUCCACCUGCCCUUGGGUGGUGGAUUGAUAAGUUUGUAUCUUUAGGAAGGAGUUUCCUUAUCUGAAUGGGUUGCCAGGUGAACCCCCAAAAGGUACAAUGGUCAAGGGCCUAGACACGUGAGGACUGGGGUCUCUUUUGGGGCUAAAGAAUCUCCCACUCCUGUGCACAAAGACCCACCUUUGACAGCCACAGGCUGUGUGGGGGCGUGGAGGCCUCAGCAGCUGGAUAAAGGGCCAUUUACUGCCGUUGGAGCUGGGGGCUGGUCCCCUCCCCAUCCCUGGGGUGGAGACCACAUGCAGAGCCAGAUAGGGCCAGGGUAGAUGUGUGGGGAAAGAGGUUUGGACCCUCACUCCUGACAGUCCAGGAUCGCAUCCCUUGGCCUUUGCCAUCUCUCGACUUGGAGAAAAGCCUGAGUUUCUACUUACCUGGCUCACUGCCACAGCUUGAUGCUGGUGUGGGUGCCCUGUUUCUGCUCUGGCUACAACAGACUUCUAGUUGGCAAUGAGGUCAUUGCAGAAAAGGAAGGAAAAGGCCUGGGCCACCUGGCUUUACAUUUUUAAAAACCACGUUGCCACAUCUGUCCACCUGUGUCCCCAGUGGCAUUGUUCACAGUUGCCAAGAGAGGGGAGCCACCCCAAUGUCCAUUGACAACCGAUGGAUUAAUGGAAUGUGGUCCAUCACAUGGUCAGGAUGGUAUUCAGCCUAAGAAGGAAGGGGAUCCUGCCACCUGCAGGUGAAUGAACAUUCUGCUCAGUGAAUCCAGUGGACACAAAAGGAGCAACACCGAGUGACAAAGCAGUCAAGCUCAUGGACACAGAAGUAGGCCCCGGGGCCUCAGAGAGGGAUGAGGGGUUAUUGUUUGAAGGGUAUGCUGCUGCUGCUGCUAAGUCGCUUCAGUCAUGUGCGGACCCCAUAAACGGCAGCCCACCAGGCUCCCCCAUCCCUGGGAUUCUCCAGGCAAGAACACUGAAGUGGGUUGCCAUUGCCUUCUCCGUUGUGAAAGUGAAGUCACUCAGUCGUGUCUGACUCUUGUGACCCCAUGGACUGUAGCCUACCAGGCUUCUCUGUCCAUGGGAUUUUCCAGGCAAGAGUACUGGAGUGGGUUGCCAUUGCCUUCUCCGUUGAAGGGUAUGGGUCAACUCUAUUUCAAUAGAAUUGUUUUAUUAAAAAAGAGUAAAGUGUAUGGAGAUUCCAUUGUGCAAGAUGAAACAUGCAGAUCUAUUGCAUGAGCAUAGAUGUACUUAACAGUAUAUAACUAAAUAUACAGUAUUUAAAUAUACAACAUAUCAGUAAAUAUACUUAACAGUACUGAAUGGUACACUUAAAAUGGUUUAGAUGGUAAAUUCUGUGUUAUGUGUUUUACCACAAUUAAAAUAUUUUAAAAUUACUUU